AAAUGUCUUUACUUGUGUGUUAUGUACUCCUUCCAACGGCUGUCCUCUAACCAUUGAAGUUACUGUUUUCGUGAGGAAUUAUUUGUGAAAGUCUCCAAUUUUCUGUACAACGCUGAUAUGAUUCAUGGCGGCGUUGUGGAGCAUGCUCAUAUGCGUGAAAGAGAAGAUCAUGUACCCAUGCUUCGACGCGAACGCGAGGCAUGGAACCGUCGUCGACACUUCAUCGUGGCCGCCAUGCUCCAUGUUCAACACAGCUUCAGGCGCCGCAGUGACAUUGUACCCAUGCUCCAGAUACAGACGGACUGCCACUGAGACCGUCUUUCAGGGGAAAAGAACACAUCUCAUCAAUGUGGUUGUGACGGCAGUCAUCGCCUGGCAUCAGCGGCGGAAACAAAACUCCACAGCCAAAAGCGAACAAAUCGGAAAAUAUGGACAUGGCAGCUCCAGACAUUGUGUUGGACUUGGAGGUGGAUGAAGACGUAUUAGAUUAUAUGGGUCCGAUCAGACCCAAAUUAACAUGAAAAGUCACUGUGUGCGAGGCCAAAUCUUAGUUCAACAGAUUACCAUGUUGGUGCUAAUUGCACAAACGUUUCUAAUAAAAAAACAUAUUCAAUUUUGUUAAAUUUA